AAAUUUGCACUCCGCCAACCAUUGAGCCAGCCAAUCUCUCACCAUCACGGUACGGGCUUCUCUUUGGAACUGCCUACCUUAGCAGUGUGCCUACCUUAGCAGUGCUUACCUAUACUGCUCCCACAAACGGGACACGUUGUCAGCCAUGGUUACUCAUGAAUUCAAGGCGUCCAAAGGGUUCAUACCAGGGGCUUGGUUGAGGAACUACGCCAUGAAUAUGCGCUAUGUCGAGUUGUCUCACCAAUGCGGCAUCUGCGGUGAAGUGUUCAAAUCCGAUCUCGACGAGAGAUGUGUAGCCUUGCUCGGAAACCCAGCAUCAACCGCCAACUGGCUCCACACGGGGCCGUUCCGCUAUUUCGAGCACCAGGGCCGCGCUCGCGCCCUUGACGGCUGGACCCGCUGUCCCGACCCGAAUUGUCGCCAGUGCGCCAUGACGACAGAAGCAGCGACGAUACACCUCGAGUGCUUCGAGCUAUUCAGGCAGACUUACAUGCCCGUCGAUGCCCUGGACCGUCUAUGGAGAGUGGCAUGCUGGAGAAGUCCCUGGCGCGACGUAACUGCCCCAAUUGUUCUCCCCGAAGACGUCAGCGUUGGGGCACGGGCUCUAUCAACGGUAGCCGAAAAGUAUGGCUUGCCUCAGCUGAGCAGAGUGCCUCAGGAUAUAGUCUGUAAGAUUCGAGACUACUCACGGUCCGCCCUAUUCUGGCGCUUCACGGCAGCACUCGACCUUGCUGCGCGACUCCAUGCCAUGCCGACCAGCAUCGCUGUUUCCAUACCCCUCUGUGAAGUCACCGGGUGGGAACGUGGCGGCCUUGUAACUCAGUCAAAGGAUCCAGCCCGCCUCCCCGUCAUUCGCCUGACUAUCGACUCGCGCGGCAUCAGAAAGAUCGAGAGGCUACCAUCCGGCCAACCCCAGUACAGCAGAUGGAGGGUUGACAAUAUGGUGUUCGUUAUCAAGGAUGAAUCUUGCUUUGUUAAUAUCAUUGCACGUUUCCAGGACGACCAAUUACGUCUAGAGCUGCCCGAAUAUCAUGAGGGCCUUCAGACAUGGGACACUCCGACUCCGCCUCCUUUUCUUCCAGACGACCGCCUUGCCUCUGAGGGUAACCUUUAUGGAAGUGUAACGCCUUCAACUCGCUUCUGCACCAUCGAUAUGACCUCGAUAACGGGCCUCACAUUCCUCUUCGACGCAGGCAGGUUUAUUGCCAUUCACGCCCAUACAGCCGUGAUGCCUUACGCAAUACCGGCCGGCAGGUUCUUUUCCGAAGAGGAUCCAGACAAAAAAUCCUGGGUCUAUGUUCCUAUACCAGCGAAUGACCAGGUCCUGGCUCUUGGCCUCCGAGGGCAGCGACAGGUUGGCGACAACAUAGAGUGGAAUUGUAUCCUGCUUCGUACAAAACUCGCUGGCGAAUUUUCCAUUGGGGUUUGGCUGCCCUUUGAUAACUGCGUCACUUGCACCUUCCUCAACUCUCCGACGACUUUGGUAUAUGGUUUGGGGGAGCGUCUGGAUGUCUCUUCCAUAGGUGUCUACCCAAAAACCGUAUCCAAGGACUGUGAAGAUACAGACAUGGGCUUCCGUAUCUCUGGCCCUCAGUCCUGGCCAUUCGAAGAUCCAACCGACCGCUGCGACACGAAGUUCUCAUCGGCUCCAUUGCAGAACAUCAUUCUCGCCAAGGUGUUCCACCGGAAGGGAGAUCCCCACUGCAGGGGGCUGGUAUUCGAGUACGAAAACGGUGCUCAGCGUGCGCUUGGGGACUGCCGCUUGGGUCGCGACCCGUACCAAGUUUAUCAAGAACCACGGUUCUUGUGCACUCAUCAACAGGGAUGCCAACAAGCCCUCGAGGAUGAGGAUAUCCUCAUAGUCAGGGUCCAGUUCGCCAGCGAUUCCGAGCACAUCCACGAGGACCAGGGCUGGCAGUGCCAUGGAAUGACUGGUACUCUCCGUUGCUGGUUUACACACGAACAGUUCUAUCUAGAAAUUUGCGAGGAGGAUAACAGCGGGGAAUGAUAACAUCCGCGGUUCUCUCGUCGUCUCCACGUGGGCCAGAGGCGAGGGCAGCCUGCCCAAAUCGCGAGAGGGAUGAGCUGUUUUCGGGGCGACCGAUGCAGGUCCAGGUGAGAGGGAUCAAGGGGUGGACCUGCCUUGAUUCGUGCCAACACAAAAUGUUUAAACAGGCCGACUAGACAUGGACUAGACACGUUGCAUUGAGCUACCUGCCAGCCUGAUUGUAUACAAACCCCCAAACGUUCUAAACAUGACGCCGUAAACCCCCCCCAGCCAACCCCCUCCCCCGAAACCAGCCUCACGCCGGCGGCGGCACCACCACCACCGGCUUCUGCGCCUCCUUGAUCCUCUCCUGCUGCUCAGCCGGCGACAGUGCCUUGAACGCCUCAAC